AUGGUUAUUAGUUCUGUUUUUUCCGUUAUCAUUAAAAGAAGGAAAUAUAUUUCUCAGUAUUUUCGCAUUCGUAAAGCAUUGCAACACUUUCCUGGCCCAAAACCUCACUGGCUCUUUGGAAACAUUUUUCAACUGGGAAAGCCUAAUGAAAAUCGUAUCAAGCUAAUCCAUAAUCAUGUUAAAAAAUAUGAUAAAUGUUAUACGUACUGGUUUGGAAUAUUUCCAGUUUUGAUAUGUAGCCAUCGCGGUGCCGCAAAAUCAAUCAUAAAAGCUUCGGUACCGAAAGAAAGCUGGAUCGGCAAUUGGAUGAGACCUUGGUUAGGUCAUGGAUUAAUUCUUGCCAGUGGUAAACGUUGGGCAAGAAACCGAAAAUUAUUGACAUCAGUAUUCCACUUUCAUAACUUAAAAUCAUAUCUGAAAGUCUACAAUGAAUGCGCUAAUGUUUUAGUUAACAAAUGGCGGCAAUAUGCUGAUAUGCCGCAUAGUUUUGAUGAACAUCCUGAUAUCAAAAUGCUAUCUUUCGAUAUCAUAUUACAAUGCGUAUUUUCUGUCAAGACAGAUUGUCAAAUAAAUAAGACUCAUCAUCCAUAUCUUACAGCUGUCCAACAAUUAACGCGUCUUGUGAUCGAUAGAGUAUUAACAUUGCAUCAUUACAUUGACUGGAUUUAUCUCAUAUCGACAAAAGGGAAGCGUUAUUAUGAUCUAUGUGAUGCUGUUCAUUCAUUUGCCGAUCAAAUAAUUCAAAAACGAGUUGAGAAUUUAAGAUCUCAUAAAGACAACAAAAUGACUGAUCAACAAAAACAUAAGAGGAUCGAUUUUAUUGACAUCUUAUUAACUGCUCGCGAUGAAACCGGUCAAGGUCUUAAGCUACGCGAAAUUCGUGAUGAAGCCCACACAUUUAUGUUUGCGGGAUAUGAUACUACAGCAAGUGCAUUAGGUUGGACUUUAUACUGCUUGGCUAAAUAUGGUGAGCAUCAAACUAAAGUGAGAGAAGAAAUCGAUGUCAUCUUUAAGGAUAAAGAUGACGUUGAAUGGGACGAUUUGUCGUCCUUAACAUACACUACCAUGUGCAUUAAGGAAGCAAUGAGAUUAUACACAACAGUACCUAGUGUAGAAAGAAAAUUAAAUCGCGACAUGACAAUUGAUAACAAGUUCGUUCCAGCUGGAACAACGGUCCGUAUUUAUCUUCACGCUUUAUGUAAUCGUGAAGAUACAUGGGAAAAUCCUACAGAAUUUGUACCUCAACGCUUCAAUACUGAAAAUUCGAAACUUCGAGAUCCGUAUGAUUAUAUGCCAUUUUCUGCAGGUCAUCGUAACUGUAUCGGUAAACAUUUUGCCUUGAAUGAAAUGAAAGUAGCAGUGUCAAAAAUUUUGCAUCAUUAUGAGUUAGAAAUUGACCAUCAACGAUUAGCAAAGCGAUAUCACGCCAUCGUAAGUCAACCGGAGAAUGGGUUAUGGAUUAAAAUUAAAAAUCGUCAAAGGAUACAUUAA